AUGGCUGAAGCAAACGUUAUUGAACCUGAUAAUAAUUUACCCAACGAUGAAGUUGACGGAAUUCUUCAACAGGUCGCACGCAACAAUAACAAUCAUGGUCGCAUCGAUGCCGUUCAAAUUAAAAUGCCACCAUUUUGGAAAGCAGACCCAGAACUCUGGUUCCUCCAAAUUGAAGCACAAUUCUCAUCUGCUAAUAUUCGCACUGAUUUAUCUAAAUAUAACCAAAUUGUUGGUAAAUUAGAUUCUGACAUUCUUUCAAAAGUCAGUGACAUAGUUAAAAAUCCACCUGCGACUCAUAAGUAUGAUGCAAUAAAAGCUCGACUGACCACUGAAUUUGCCGACUCGGAUAAAAAGAAAUUGAGAACACUCUUUCAUGAUCUUUCAUUAAAUGAAGACAAACCAUCCGAAAGCAUACUUUCUUGCAGCAAUGAACCGCUUACACAGCAAGUUAUUAUGGCCGAUAAGAUCUUCGAAACGCUUGAUCAGAAUUCCAUCCAAGCUUUAUCAUCCAAAAACGAUAAAUCCGACACCGAUAUUGCAACUCAGUUCUGCAAACUGGAAGAACAGAUUGCUGCUCUACAUAAAGACUUCAAUCGUUCUAGAUCCCGCAACAGUCCUGCUAGACAAUAUCGUUCUCGUUCUGGUUCUAAUUCGAACCAACUAUCACAUAAUGACAAACAAUGUUAUUAUCAUCGGAUUUAUAAAAGCAAAGCACGGAAAUGCAAACCUCCUUGCAAUUUUAAGACUGACUCAAAAAACUAA